AUGUCUUUUUCCGACAACAACGACAGCGACGCCGAUGAUGUGGCGGCAAGUGGACUUGCAGCCAUCGAGCGCUACGACGGCGAAGACACGAGUCCGACUACGAACCGCGAAUUGAAAGGCUGGUAUGCGUAUCCCAUUGCAGCAGAGGUUUUCGCCGUGGUAGCAGUGGGUGCCUUUCUACCUGUAGUCUUGGAGCAGCUUGCGCGAGAAAACGGAGUCUUCUUCUCAGACCGCAACAAACCCUGUGUCGAACAUGUUCCCGCACGUCUUCGAGCGGAAAACGGGCAGAAACCUGGUGGUGGUGGUGGUGGUGGUGCGUCGGAGCAAUGCAUGGUCAAGUAUCUGGGGAGGGAAAUGUCAACCAGCAGUUUUGCCAUGUAUACGUUUUCCACGGCUGUGCUGCUGCAAGCAGUCGUCUUGAUAUGCUUCAGCUCGUUUGCUGACCAUGGUCCGUACCGCAAAAAGAUGCUGAUGGUGACAUCGUACGCGGGCUCGCUCGCAAGCUGUCUCUUCAUCUUCAUCUCCCCGUCGCUAUACUAUCUCGCUCCGAUUCUGGUCAUCGUCGGCGUCGCCAGUCUAGGCUGCUCCUUUGUCUUGUUAAACGCCUUCUUGCCGCUGCUCGUCGCCAACCACCCAGACGGCAGCGCGGCGAGAAAACCAUGGGCAGCCGACGAUGGCGAUUCCGACGUCGAGCUCGAAAGCUUGAACCCAGCUAAUGCUUCGUCUGCCGUGCAUCGAGUAAGUCCCGAGAGGCUGGCGCGCGACCUCGAGCGCUCGGCGCAAAUCAGUUCAAAAGGCGUGGGCUACGGCUACAUUGCCGCCGUCUUGGUCCAGGUAUUCAGUAUACUCAUCAUCUUCGCCUUCAGCAAGACGUCGCUCGCAAAGAGCUCUCCGACUCUCUCCAUGCGUGUCAUCCUCUUCAUGGUAGGCGUCUGGUGGGCCGUCUUCUCCAUCCCGACGCUGCUCUGGCUGCGGCCACGCCCAGGCCCGCCAUUGCCCACACAACAACAACGCGGCAGCAAGUCUCCCUCGCGGCUGCGCACAUUCCUCUUCUACACGUCGUUUUCCCUCGGCAGUUUCUGGAAGACGCUCCGAAAAGCGCUUCGUCUGCGCCAAACCUUCAUGUUCCUCAUCUCAUGGUUUCUGCUUUCCGACGCCGUGGCCACUAUCUCAGGCACGGCUGUGCUCUUUGCCCGCACUGAACUCCACAUGGGCACCAUUGCCAUUGCGCUGCUCUCCAUCACCUCAAUUGGAUCUGGCAUCGUGGGCGCCUUUGCCUGGCCAUGCGUCCAGCGCCGCUACUCGCUGCAGCCCAAAACAGUGCUGCUCUGCUGCGUGGCUGGCAUGGAAAUCAUACCCAUAUACGGCCUGCUGGGCUACAUUCCGCUGGUCCAGAGCCUGAGCUUCCUCGGACUGCAGCAGGCGUGGGAGAUUUACCCCAUUGGCGUCUUGCACGGCAUCGUCAUGGGCGGCAUCUCGUCGUAUGCGCGGUCCGUCUAUGCUCCGUUGAUCCCCGAAGGCAGCGAGGCCGCCUUCUUUGCGCUGUACGCAGUGACAGAUAAAGGAAGCAGCGCGUUUGGGCCUGCGCUCGUGGGCUGGAUCGUCGACCAAGCCGGCACAAUCCGCCCUGCCUUCAUCUUCCUGGCCGUCCUGGUCAUGCUGCCUGCGCCCUUGCUGUGGCGCCUGGAUAUGGAAAAGGGCAGGGAGGAUGCGAGCACCAUGGCCGAGCAAGAGGACAAGGGACGCGCAAAGUACGAGAGAGUCCGUGUUGACUAG